UGGCGGGCGCACACUUCCCACCUAGCGGGCAGAUGGCGGCGGGGCUGUGGCGGCGCUUGGCGUUGUCCCGGGCCGGGCGCGGCCUGGGCAGCCUCAGGCGGGCGGAGGUGGGCGCCGAGCAGCUGGCGGAACGGCUGCGAGCGGAGAGGAGCAGGGAGAGGAGCAGGGAGAGGAGCGGAGAGAUCCCCAAAGAUCCCACACAGAGACAGGUGUGGGAGCUCGCUGCGCUGAGCAAGCGGCUGCAGCAGGUUCACCCCAAUGUCCUGGCCAAAGUGCUCAAGCAGGGAACUGUGUACCAGAACGAAGAGAUUGUGGUGAUCAACAAACCCUAUGGCCUUCCUGUGCAUGGUGGCCCUGGCAUCAAGAAUUGUAUCACUGAUGUGCUGCCAAUUUUGGCCAAGAUGCUGGUGAACAUGAAAGCCGAACCCCUCCACCUCUGCCACCGGCUCGACAAAGAGACCACAGGAGUGAUGGUGCUGGCACGGAGCAAGGAGGUAGCAGACAGGAUCCGGCUUCUCUUCAAAACUCGUCAGGUGGAGAAGAUCUACUGGGCCAUUAGCGUGGGAGACCCAGACCCUGCUGAGGGCGUUGUGGAGAUCCCCAUCAUAGAGAAGGAGGUGCGGAGCAACCAGCCACACUACAAGAUGACACUGGCUCCCAACUAUCGCCUGUCUCCCGAGGAUGGGAAGGUGGUGAAAAUCCGCAAGAAUCGUGAUGCGGAGAGCGCCGUGACGCAGUACCGCCUUCUGGCUCGCUCUUCUGCCUGCUCUCUCCUGGAGCUCCAGCCCAUCACAGGUGUGAAGCACCAGAUCCGGGUUCACCUGGCCUAUGGGUUGGGGUGCCCCAUCCUGGGGGAUCACAAAUAUUCUCACUGGAGCAAGCUGGCACCCCAGAAGCUUCCUGAAAUCACCUUGAAGAGGCUGAAGCUGGAGCAGAGCAAGGCUCGCCACCUCCCCCUCCACCUCCACGCCCACCGGCUCUCCCUGACCCUGGGCCAGCGGAUAGACCUGGUCUGCAAGCCACCCCUGUUCUUCAGAAAGACUCUGGAGAGGCUGCAGCUGGACAUUGCUAGGGACUAACAGGGCAGGAUGAGAGUGGUAUGAUCUGUCUCCGAAUCUCCAGUGCUGUGUGUGGCUGCUCUGCAGCAGUGUCCGUGUUGGAGGCAGUGCUGUGAUGGAGUCUGCAGUCUCUGCUGUUUUCCAAGGACUUCCCUGGUACCUGUUGGUACUGGUGUUGCUGGCUUCAACCCAGGUACAUCUGUCUGCUGCUUGCCCUUGUUUGGGGCGGAAACAUGGCUGGGUGCCUCUUGUUCAGACAAACAAGGCUGCACAGAAACGGGGCUUUACCCAGUCCGUAUUUUGAACUGGUUUCUGAGCAAUAAAAGAUCAGUUCCGGCCAAGGGAAAGGGUUGUGUGUCUGUGCUCAGACCCAGAGGAUCUCAGUCUGUGGGCAGAGGGUGCCCCUGGCUGCAGUCUCUCGCAAUUUGAGGGCCAUUGCUUGUCCCUCCAGAGCCAUUUAGCACUCUCUCCCUUGUGUCCUUGUACUCUGUGCUCAAAUUUGGAGACUCCCUUCUUUUGAAAAUCCAUCAAAAGUGCAAUUUGGCUGUGGCUGUGGAGUUGUUUUGCUCCGCUGAGGCUGCGCAGGGAGUUCCUCAACUUGGCUUGGCCGAGAGCUCCGGGACUCCAUCUGCUCUGUGCUGCCAGCGGUGUUGGUGUGGGUUUCUGGGCACCGACUAUGCUGCUGGGAGAAACUUCUCUUUCACUGCUGCUUCAGAUUUCUCCAUCCUAUUUCUAGAUCCCAUGGCAGUUAUUGUGCCCCUGUACUCGGUGCUGGUGAAGCCACACCUCGAAUCCUGGGUUCAGUUUUGGGCCCCUCACUACAAGAAGGACAUUGAGGGGCUGGGGCACAUCUAGAGAAGGGAACGGAGCUGGGGAAGGGGCUGGAGCCCCGGGGUUGUGGGAGUGGUGAGGGACCUGGCGCUGUUUAGUCUGGAGGAGGCUGAGGGGAGACCUCAUGGCUCUGUGCAGCUCCUGGAAAGGAGGUUGUGGUGAGGUGGGGGCUGGGCUCUUCUCCCAAGUUACAGGCGACAGGACGAGAGGAAAUGGCCUCAGGUUGCAUCAGGGCAGUUUUAGGCUGGACAUCAGGAGAAACACCUUCACUGAAAGGCUUUUCAGGCCCAGGCAGAGGCUGCCCAGGGAGGUGGUGGAGUCUCCAUCCCUGGGGGAUCAAAAAGCUGGGCAGAUGAGGCGCUUAAGAUGUUUUGGUAGUGGGCAGGGAUGGUUGGACUCAAUCUCAAAGGUGAUUCUAUGAUUUUGGGGAUCUCUCUGCCCCAGUAGCCUGCCUCGGAGCCAGAUUCCUCCCCCUGCCCUGAGAGGGAGAUGAGGAGAGAGAUUGAAAAGCUGUCGAACUGCAGCCAAUGCUCUGCCUCAGAUCUGUAGCCCUUGGUGUCUGGUGUCUCUUGGCUGGUUCCCAGCAGCUCAGGGCUGGGCAGCAAGACUUCCCCAGUCUCUCCAGAUGGUGUGGGUGCUGGAAACGGCUCUUUGUAGCAUACGAGGCUACUGGGUACCUGGAUGGGGCUUUUCGGUGGGAUAAUUCCCUCUCCCUGCCUCUCUGCUCCUCAUAUGGGGUGCAAAUAGCUGGGUAGCCCCACACCUCUCAAAAGGAGUGCCAAAAAUACAUCUGCUUAUGAGAGACAGGCGUAAAGCCAUGAGGAGCCGGGGAGUGGCUGUGGCUGGGCAGGAAUGAAUGCUGCCUUCCCAGCCUGCCACUGUGGCUGCGCGUUCUCUUUUUCUAUUUCAGGGCACACUUGUUGUGAAAAGGCUUCCCCCUGUA